UUGCAGGGCAGCUGGAAUAAGAUAACGAGAUCACGUGGGGUGGUUGUGUAACUACUUGACUUACUGUGUAACUACUACUGCGGAUCAGACUAACUAUGUAGAAUAUAACACUAUUUACUAAGUGAAGUAUCCAGUGUGAAGCGCACAUCAGCGUCGUUUCAGCAGCUGAACAUGGCGAUGUUGUCCUUAUCGAGGUCUUCGUUGUUGUUAUUUAGCAAAAGGUUAUUCGGCCCGCAGCUGAAUGUCCUCUGUUCAUAUCACGAAAAGGUGGUGGAUCACUAUGAAAACCCAAGAAAUGUGGGCACUUUAGACAAAAACUCCAGGAAUGUGGGGACUGGAUUGGUGGGCGCACCCGCCUGUGGUGAUGUUAUGAAACUUCAGAUUGAGGUCGACGAAAACGGAAAGAUUGUGGAUGCAAAAUUCAAGACAUUUGGCUGCGGAUCAGCCAUCGCCUCCAGUUCUCUAGCAACUGAGUGGGUGAAGGGGAAGUCGGUUGAUGAAGCUUUGAGGAUCAAGAACACAGAUAUUGCCAAAGAACUUUGCCUUCCUCCAGUCAAGCUUCAUUGCUCCAUGCUUGCAGAAGAUGCCAUAAAAGCAGCGCUGUCAGACUACAGAUUAAAACAGGACAAGAAGGAGGAUCGUGUCAAAGCCAGCAAUUAAUGUGUUAAUAUCAACUAUCCUCCCCCCAAGUCCGUCAUAGGUUGGGCUGCCUCAUCAAUGUGUCAGUAGUGUCCCUGUAAUGUUUGACAGCAAGGCUGUAUUGAAGAUUGGUUGCCAUAACACUACAUCAGGGAGUUUUAUAACCAUAAGAACUGUUCAUGGUUGCAGGCCAGUCACACAAUUUAAGCUAAGAUACCCGUAUUGUUCCAGUGCCUGGUGUUAAUGGAUUUGUGUGUUUUUCAGCAGAUGAUCAGAAAUGUUUAUGAAUAGACAUAAAUGUUGGAGAUCGAAGGUGAAUGGGUAAAGGGUAAUUAGACAACUCAGUUUUUCGUUUUUCUUUUUUAACAAGGGAGCUCAACUCUGUUCAGUAUUUGCUGUGUUUUUCUUGACACAGCAUUAAGAGGAUGCAACAUAAAUCAAGGUUGAGGUGUGUUUAUUUUUGUAUAUUUUUGGCACUGAGGUUUUAUUUGGCUUGAUAAUACAAAGUCACUGGUCCUUCAUGGAGGAUUCAGUAUGAAAACAUGUCAACAGCUUAACAACAAUACAAUACAGAAUAUUUUAUGAGACUGUGGCCUUGUCUUAUGCUCAAUAAAAAUGAUUAAAACAGUC